ACCACGCGUGCAAAACCAAACACUGCCACGAGAGCCAGCCGAGCCAGCAUGUCGACCGCCGGCGCCCAGGCGCUCCGCGCGCUGCUCGCCAGGUGCUCGACGAAAUGCCUCCGUCGCGCCUCCCACUCCUCCUCCGCCGCAGCCUCGUUUCCCGGCCUCCGCGGCGCCGCUGCCUCUCUAGAUUCUCCCGCGCCUCAGUCCCGCCGCCUCCUCCCCGCGCCGCGGGCUGCCGCGCACGCGCCGACGCGGACGCGCGCCUUGGCGAGCGAGGCCGCGCGAGGCGGCGGCGGUGGCGCGCGCGAGGGGGGCCUGGGGGAUGAGGAGGAGGCGCAGGAGUGGGCGGUGGAGUGGGAGGACAGCGAGGACGAGGGCGUCGAGGCCGAGGUUGGCGACGGUGGCGACGGCGGCGGGGUCGUGCUGCGGGACGUCGCGUGGGGGGCGCGCGCCCUUGCGGCGGCCGAGGAGGUCCUCUCCGAGCGUUUCGGGGAUGACGUUGCCAUGUUCGCCUUCAAGGUGUCGCCCAAGGGAUACGUCUACGUGCGGCUCGACAAGCUCACCAACAGAUAUGGGUGCCCUGGUAUUGAGGAAAUAGAGAGUUUCAAUAGGCUCUACAAGCAGAAAUUGGAUGAGAUUAUUGAAACAGGCGAGAUACCCCUGGACUUGGCACUUGAGGUUUCUUCACCAGGUGCGGAGCGACUUCUAAAGGUGCCCGAGGAUUUGGAUCGCUUCAAGGAUAUGGCUAUGAGGGUCCAAUAUCUUGUGGAAGGCGAUAAUGACCUUGUUUCAAAGCAGAGCCUGCUGAAGGAUGGCGUCUUCUUGCUCGAGUCGGUUGACAUUCAGGCUGAACAUUGUGUCUGGAAGCUCGCGGAUGUCAAGGAGAACCGAGCUGAGGCUGGGAAAGGAAGGCCAUUGAACAGGAAGCAGAAAGACUGGAGGCUGCAAACUUCGUUUACGGCGGUGAAGAAGGCAACCCUGUACUUGGACUCAAACUAGUAAACCCUUGUUUGUUAGAAAGAUUUAAGAUUUUCAAAAAAAAAAAUACUAGUCAGAGAUUUAAGGCUUUAAAAAAAUCCUAGUCAGAUCUCAUGUUUAGUCUGAGAAUUGAGAAAGAGUAUUAUCUGUUUAGUCUUAAGAGUUAGCUGCUGACUAUGUCAGAAUAGUGCGGCACAUCUUUAUUGAGGCGAGUUAAACGGAAUCACACAUUACGUGUAGUCGUCUACUGUGUUUAACUUGGGUGGAUCCAACUGCUAUC